AUGUUUCGAUCCAAACCCAGAGAGAGGGAUUGGUACCUCAUAUUUGGAUCUGGAACUGGACUGUUUGUAUCGGAUGAGUCCGUAGUGAAGCCCGUGGUGAGCGUGUACCCAGCAGCAUCCAGAGUCCCUGUGGAGAGGGGCAGCUCCCUGCUGUGUCUGGCCUCAGCCAUGUUUCCUCCUGUGGUCCAGUUCUCCUGGAAAAGACAGAAUGACAACGGACAACCAGAGAACCUUCCUUCUACUGGGACAGAGCAGCUGGAUCUCAGAGAGUCUGGACGCAGCGCCUCCAUCCUGCUGAUCCAUCAGCAAGAGGACAGCUCCUAUAAAUACAUCUGCUCCGUCAAACAUGAGGGGGGAACAGUGGAGGUCCAAACAGAAGAGCUUUGUCCAUCCUUUAAGAAGAUCUUCAAUGACGCGAAGCUGCUCUGCCUGCUGUACACAGUGCUGAUAGUGAAGAGUCUGGUGUACUGCUGUGGACUCUCUCUGCUGAUGAUCCUCAGAAACAAGGGAGCAUCCACCAACUCCAAACAUGCUGACUGACUGUUUUCUGAUCCUCUUUUCUCUCCAUCAAAUCUCAUCCUUUCAUCUCAUUCAUCACUUUGAUCACAACUCUCUAAUGUUCUUAAUGACUUGAUACAGAUUCUUCAUCAAACUGUGUCAGUAGCUAGUUUGUGGUGAAGUAAAAUUGCUUUUUUAUUUUCAAUGCAAAAAUUCUGUUAUUUACAC